CUUUCAGUGUUAGUCACAUUGUUUAAACUAUAGUCAGACCAGCAAACUGGUCAGAGAAACUUUAUACUGCAGCACAAAGCCCAAUCAGUUUGAAAAAUGAGCAACAGACCUCUUCUUGUAAAUGUGGAAAACUGGAUUGCAGAGAACAAUAAUGCGUUUUUGCCACCAGUGUGCAACAAGCUCAUGCAUUUUUCCCAGUUGAAUAUCAUGUUUGUUGGAGGUCCUAAUACCAGGAAGGAUUAUCACAUAGAGGAAGGGGAGGAGCUGUUCUACCAGGUGAAGGGGGACAUGUGUCUGAAGUUGAUAGAAAAUGGCAAACACAAGGAUGUGCACAUCAAGGAGGGAGAGAUGUUCCUGCUGCCAGCUCGGAUCCCCCACUCCCCCCAGAGACAGGCCAACACUGUGGGACUGGUGGUGGAGAGGAGACGGCUGCUGACUGAGACUGACUGCCUGAGGUACUACGUGGACAACACCACUGACACCCUAUUCGAGAAAUGGUUUUACUGUCACGAUCUUGGAACCCAGCUGGUGCCAAUAAUCAAAGAGUUCAUGGCAUCAAAGCAGGGCAAAACAGGAAGGCCUGAUCCAAAUGAAGUCUUCAGAGAACCUCCGUUCCAGAUGAACACCCUGAACGUGAUGCAACCCUUCUCCUUUAAAGACUGGCUGGACAAACAGAGGCCGUCCCUGGCCAGCGGCAGGCCCAUCGACAUGUUCGGAGCUCAGUUUGAGACAGAGGCAAUGGUGUUUGGACCUGGGAGGACAGAGACAACAGUGCGGCAAAGUGAUGUGUGGAUUUGGCAACUGGAGGGAUCCUCAAGAGUUACUAUGAACGAGCAGGAGUUCACUCUUUCUGCAGGAGACAGUUUACUCAUUCCUGAACACAGCCAGUACCUGUGGCAGAGAGAGGAGGGGACUGUUGCCCUGUUUGUGGUCCAAAACCCUGAGCGGAAGAGACCCUGACCAUCACGUGCCAAGUCACACACACACACACACACACAUUAAAUAUAUAUAGUAUUUUGUAUACGUAGGGAGGAGAACUCAAUGUAAGGAAAUUACAUACAGUAAGUAAAUGAAAACACUCACUUCUGCUGCUGCUGUUAAUGAAAGUGAACAUUGACCGAUUACAGUACUAAUAAACACCUUAAGCUAUUGAAAUUGAAACUGUAAAUUGCACUUUGUCAUAGUUAUAUACCAUACCAUUGCAUGUAAAUGUAUCUUUACUCAUGAGAGAAAUCCAAUAAAUACAUCUGUGAUUAUUUAUCUAAUCACACAUUUUCCCAAUUA